AUGCAAAUAAGACUGCAUGUAUUGCAAAUAUUAUUAAUUUUACAUAUUGUUCAAAGAGAUUAUUUUAUGGAUUCGUAUAAUAGCAUAACAAUGCGCGAAUGCGCAAAAUCAUGUAAUAAUCAAAAGAAAUGUUAUCAAGGACGUUAUACUCGAGAUAGUCAUCAACUUAUCUGUGAAUGUUUGGGAUACGGCUGCAAUCGAUCUCAACAAUGUUCAUUUAACUCUGUGCUUUACCUUGUGUGUAUACUUUUCGUAGUUGUAAAUUAUCAUUUUAGGUACGAUUAUUUAAAUUAAUCGACUGAUUAAUCA